GGCGCCGCUAGGCUGCGUUAGCCGAGAAAAAACGAGCUCAAAGUUUAUUUUUACCUCUCAAUUUACAGAACCGGGUUUUUAUCAAUUCAGGUGCAUGUGCAAAAAAUGGAACUACAUCAUGUUGUUGUGUGAUUGAUAAGCUAGCGUUAAUAUUAUAACAACAACAGCAGCUUUUAGACUUUAUAACGAUCCUUUCCUCCUGAUGCUGAGAGGUUCACCAUCACAGAUCUGUGUCAAGCACAACUGAAUCGCUUGUUGUCAUCUCCAUGAUUAUCCUCUUCGCCGUGAAUUCCUGAUGGUGUGUUUCAUGGUGUAAACAACGCACAUACUUCUCCUGGGUCCAAACAACACCCUCAUUGUCCUUCUCAGCAAGUCCAGACGUGAAGUCAAGAUGUCCAUCACCAACACGCCUACCAGCAACGAUGCAUGCCUGAGCAUCGUGCACAGCCUGAUGUGUCACAGGCAGGGUGGCGAGAGCGAGACCUUUGCCAAGCGGGCCAUCGAGAGCCUGGUGAAAAAGUUGAAGGAGAAAAAAGAUGAGCUGGACUCGCUCAUCACAGCUAUCACCACCAACGGGGCUCAUCCCAGCAAGUGUGUAACCAUUCAGAGGACACUUGACGGACGACUGCAGGUGGCUGGACGUAAAGGUUUCCCGCAUGUCAUCUACGCCAGAUUGUGGCGGUGGCCAGACCUGCAUAAGAAUGAACUGAAGCACGUCAAAUACUGCCAGUUUGCCUUCGACCUCAAGUGUGACAGUGUGUGCGUCAACCCCUAUCACUAUGAGAGAGUGGUGUCUCCUGGCAUAGAUUUAUCUGGACUGACACUGACCAGCUCUGGGCCCAGCUCAGCACUGAUGGUUAAGGAUGAGUAUGAUUUUGACGGACCGCAGAGUCUCCCCUCUAUCGACGGAGGGCACUCCAUCCAGACCAUUCAGCACCCCCCAUCCAGCAGUCGCCCAGCCCCCUCUGAGUCAUUUGCCACCCCGAACCUGCUCCCCCCUGCCGAGGCUUCCACGUCUGCCUCGACAUCGUCUUUCCCUGCCAUCGCUGCUGGAUCAGGCAGUGCCAGCACAACCUGGUCUAGGAACAGCAGCUUCACCCCCAGCAUACCCCACCACACCAACGGUCAUCUACAGCACCACCCUCCCGUGCCACACCCAACACACUACUGGCCAGUUCAUAAUGAGCUCGCCUUUCAGCCUCCCAUAUCCAACCAUCCAGCCCCUGACUACUGGUGCUCCAUCGCCUAUUUUGAGAUGGAUGUCCAAGUGGGGGAAACAUUUAAGGUGCCCUCUUCUUGCCCCAUUGUGACUGUGGACGGUUAUGUGGACCCCUCGGGAGGAGACCGCUUCUGUCUGGGCCAACUCAGUAACGUACAUCGCACCGAGGCUAUCGAGAGAGCGAGGCUUCACAUUGGAAAAGGGGUCCAGCUGGAGUGCAAAGGUGAGGGAGACGUAUGGGUGCGAUGCCUCAGCGACCAUGCAGUGUUUGUCCAGAGUUACUACCUGGACAGAGAGGCAGGCAGAGCCCCCGGAGACGCUGUUCAUAAAAUCUACCCCAGCGCUUACAUCAAGGUGUUUGACCUCCGUCAGUGCCACAGACAGAUGCAGCAGCAGGCUGCUACAGCUCAAGCAGCAGCAGCAGCCCAAGCAGCCGCUGUGGCUGGAAAUAUACCUGGACCUGGCUCAGUGGGAGGGAUAGCCCCAGCUAUUAGUCUGUCAGCAGCAGCCGGUAUCGGAGUUGACGACCUACGGAGGCUGUGUAUUCUCAGGAUGAGUUUCGUUAAAGGUUGGGGGCCCGACUACCCCCGCCAGAGCAUCAAGGAGACACCCUGCUGGAUUGAGAUCCACCUGCACAGAGCUCUACAGUUACUGGAUGAGGUUCUGCACACCAUGCCUAUAGCAGACCCACAACCUCUGGACUGAGCUCUUUUGGACUGCGGCACCACAUUGCAACAUGCAGUGAAAACAGAAAGUCUUCCUCAGUGAAACGGUUCUGGAUGGAUAAGCCUGUGAAGCAGCCGUGAAGCUGUGACACUGAAGCUUUUCCCUGUGAAAAAAAACAGCUUUCAAGUGUGUUUGCCGCACUUUCGUGCACUGUGGCCCCGAUUUGUGACACUAAAAAGAGCCAAAACUAUAUAUCAAAGAUAUCCUCAGCUAUAUUUUUGAUAGAUGGUUUAGAUGUGUGAUGACUGGAAUCUGAACUGUAGGACUUGACAAAGAUAACUACAGUUAUAAAACACCAACACACGCACACAGACAACCUGCAGAUCCCAUCAAACUGGAAUGUACGCCGACUACUCUGCGUCCUUGGAGUCCACAACCAUCAACUACUGACAGGUGUUAGAUUUACUGAACUAGACAAUGAUGCCUGAGUGCUUUACAGCUGUGGGAUGAGAUGCUGUUCACAGAGGUCCUUUAAAUCCAGUGCACCAGAGUGCUGCUGGUUUUCUGUUGGGUCAGUUUUCAUUGAAGCUGUUACAGACUGUUAUACACCUGAGACGACAGAUGAGUUCAGUCUGGCUGAAUAGAAAACCAGCAGCACUCUGACCAUAAGGAUCAUUGCUCAACAUCACGCUGUCAGCUGGCUUUCAGCCACUGAAUGGGACUGGGGACAACCCAGCUGGAUCAGUGUCCUGUGAGAAUAAAAUGACACGCACCAUGCCUACAGAGCAUGAGGCUCUGUACUGAAACAAGGUCUAGUCUAAAACUACACACUUGUGUGUUUAAAAGAUAGCUGCAGGUCUGUGCCUGGUGGGUGUCCAAUGACAAAUCUUUUUCCUCUUCUCUAUUAAACAAGAUUAUGGAGCUCUUCGUGGAGGUUUUAGAGCAGAUGACAAUUUCUCCACUUAUGCAGGGUUGUUUUUUUUUGUUUUGUUUUCUUGGAUGCAACAUACAUUAAAAUCAAAAUAACCUAUUAACAGUUUAUCUAUCCUUACUGGCUUUCUAUGAUCAUGUUUUUGGUUCAUAUCACUCACUCCAAAAAAAAAAACAAAAAAAACACACAAGAUACUCUUUAAAGUGGUCUUUCACCAUUAGUCGCCUCCAUCUGUUUCAGGUAUAGUUACUGUUUUGGAAAACGCCCUCUUUUAUGCUGCCAGAAAAAUCUCAAACGCCUUCUGUGAGCUCGUUGCCUUUUCUCAAGUUCACAGAGAGCAAAAACAGCUGAAAAGCUUUUGGUUUAACAAGAUUGAAGUAAGACAGUGGAGAGGAGGAGACCGAUGUCAGUACGAAGAACAGGGUUUAUUGAUGUUUUGCUCUUGAGGCAAAGCAAAGUAUUGAAUGCUCAGAAACAUACUGUAAGUCCAGUCUGAUCAUGAGGUCAGAUAUCCAGUUAGCUGCUGGACUUGUUGAAUUGGAUUUUUAAGGUAUUUUUAAUCAAAAUCUCAAAGAAUACCAGACCGUCUCUCCUCACCAUCUUAAAUAUCUUAUGACUUGCAGCCCACUUAUAUACUACUUGAUCCAGGUCUCUUGUGUAUAUACUGACAGAUGAGAAUCUAAGACAGUUUCCCAGCAAUAUUGAUAUAUUUUCUUGGUUUUAUUUUUUUUACUUUUAUUAAGUGAUUUGUAUUAUAUUUUUAGCACUUUACAUUUUUUUUCUUGUUUCUUGUUUUAACUCAAUAACCAUAAUUUUUGAAGUGGUUGUCCUGCGAUAAAGAAGUGAAUAGGUUGGUUUAUAUUUUAUUUAGAGUUGUGAGCAGAGGCAACAUUGUGAUGCAUUUGUAUUGAUAACACAUGUAACACUAAUAAGCCACCUUAAGGAAAAAAGAAAGGAAAAAAAAAAGUUUUUUUUUUUUGCCCUUUUUACUCUAUAAGCAUUUACACAUGUGUAGGGUUUAUUUUGGCUCUUUUCUGUUGGAUUUGCUGUCUUUUUAAUCCAUGUAAAUAACUUUGUUUUUGAAAUGCAUGUCAAUGUUUGCAUGAAUGUAAAUGGGAGAUAGACCCCUCCAUUCCUGCCCUCCUUUUAAAAACGACUCCCCCCUCACUUCUCCUGCAUUACACACUGAACUGAUCUAUCACAGGAGAGCACAAAGCAGGAACUAUUAGUUAUUUUGCUGGAUUACAAAACCACCAGCAUCUAAAAGCAUGCAGAGGGAAGCCACACAGUCAUAAUUGGUAUCAGUGAUGAGGAUCAUUUGUAUAAACUCAACUUUGUAGCAGCCACACUUCAAAGCUGCAUGUGUGUCUGCCAAAACUU